GUAGCCCACUUACUACGGGAACAAAAGAUCCCACCCUCGGACGCAGAGUAGGUGACACUGCCUUGUCUUCCUACUCGUUCUGUUGUAUAUCGUUCUAAAUAAAGCACAUGUCGUUCAUAUUUACAUUUGAGUUACUUAUAUUUUACAAGAAACAUUCAUAAUUCAAGUUCUAAACGCCCCCAGUGGAUCAGUUUACUCCCUCCCACAUCAUCAUGUGUGACCUCAUAUGAGAAGGAAGGACCCCGAGCUGAUGAUGACACGUAUGUUACCUUGUUUGAAGUCCCCAGGAGUAGUGCACGAGUUGGAAGCAAAUUUAGCACAGUGGCCAAAAGGUGGAAUGGCAAUUUCAAGGUUUGUCUUGUGAUGCCUUUGGGCCUGAAAAGAAUUCCCCCUAAACCAUUACACUGAGAAAGAGACAUCUGUCAAUUGGUGGAGAAUUUAUUUUUUAGUUCAACCUUUGAACACAUGAUUGGUUCUGAAAAGUUGUAAAAUACCCAGAUAGACAAAUCCUGAGUUGUUUUCCUUCCUUCGUUCGUGUGAGUGAGCCGAGAAGGAGGCUGGACUGAGGGUUUCGAGGAAAAGCCAGUCUCUGCUCCAUGGUCCUCACGCUUUGGGUUGUGAGACAUGCACAGUGGAAGUGGAGCUGGAUGUUAGCGGGUCACAACAGACAGCGCUAGAAACACAUUACGCAUAUAAGAUAUUGCAGAUUGCAUAGUAAGAACUCUUAUAUUGUGGUUUGUUUAAUCUUGCGGGGCCAUUUUUAAUUCACUGCUCAUUGGAGAAGAAGCCACAAUAAGUCCUGAAGUGACAUCCUCGGCUCUACUAAUGGUUGCAGAGCCUCAACUGACUAAGCUGUGGAGCUCAAUCUGAGUAUGCUUUUUAAAUCUCUUCUUGGAAAUACAACCUUUGUGGUGUUAUGUAAUCACAGUCGCCGAGUGCAGAAACGUUUGAACUUGAUGUCUCUACUUCUCGUACGCAGGUUGAAGCUCACCAAGCUGAAGAGAGACCCAGACGUGGGGGAAUUCCUGAUGAAGAUGGAGUCAUUGGUCUUCUGGAGGGCUGUCUUCAUCUUCUUCUCACUUCCUCCUAUCCAGAGUCAGCCCCAGAGAGCAGUGUUCCUGCCUGAGUUCUCCCUCUCCCCUCAGGGCAGCUUCAUGGAGGACGCUACAGAAGAUCAGCUUCUGACCUACAAGUAUGACGACCAGGCCUCCAGGAUGACUCGCUCCGAUGAAGACAGGGACAUCGGCUGGGACGCCUGGGGCCCCUGGAGUGAGUGCUCACGCACCUGCGGCGGAGGAGCCUCCUACUCUCUACGCCGCUGUCUCAACGGAGGAAGCUGCGUCGGCAAAAACAUCCGCUACAGAACGUGCAGCAACAGGGCCUGCCCACCAGAGUCCGGUGACUUCCGGGCCCAGCAGUGUUCGGCCCACAACGACAUCAAGUACCAGGGGGUCACCCACGAUUGGUCCCCGUCCCCUUAUGACCCCUCAGCGCCCUGCGCACUGCGCUGCCAGACCAAGGGGAGAAGUGUCACCGUGGAACUGGCUCCCAAGGUGCUGGACGGGACACAGUGUCGGGCGGACGCCCUGGACAUGUGCAUCAGUGGAGUGUGUCAGGAGGUGGGGUGUGAUCGCCAGCUGGGCAGUGGCGCCCGGGAGGAUAACUGCGGCGUCUGCGGCGGGGACGGCUCCACGUGCCGGCUGGUACGAGGACAGGCCCUGCUCCACCUCACGCCAGAACAAUCUAUGAAGACAGUGGUGGAGGUGCCAUUAGGAAGUCGCCUUUUCAGACUGCAUGCCAAAGGACCGAAUACUCUAGUUACUGAAGCCAUCUCUCUUAAGGGGAGAGUAGAGGAGAUCAGUCUGGUGUCGCCGGGCUCAUAUGUGAUAGGAAACACCUCUUUGGACCUCCAGAGGGGGACGGACAGGCAGACACUCAGGACACAUGGACCACUCAACGCUGAUUUCAUUAUCAAGAUGAAGUACGGAGGCUCUAAGGAUACAGUCGUCCAGUUUCUCUUCUACCAGCCCAUCAGGUACCAGUGGAGAGAGACGGACUUCUUCCCCUGCUCGGUUACCUGUGGAGGAGGCUAUCAGCUGAACUCUGCAGAGUGCACGGACAUCAGAUCCAACCAGACCCUGCCCGAGCAUCACUGUAACAGCUACCCUGAAAACACCAAACCCACACCCAAACUCAAGGAGUGCAACAUGGACCCCUGUCCAGAGAGUGAUGGAUUUAAAGAGGUGUUGCCAUACGACCAUUUCCAACCUCUGCCUCGCUGGGAGCAGGGCCCCUGGACCCAGUGCUCGGCGUCCUGCGGCCAAGGAGGCGGGUGGCAGGUUCGCAGCAUGCUGUGCAUGGAGGAGGACAUGCAGGGACGCUUCUCCCAAGUAGACGAGUGGAAGUGCACCCACUCCCCCCGACCUGUCGCCCGACAGAUCUGCAACGCCUUCGCCUGCCCCCAGUGGGUGGCCAUGGAGUGGUCUCAGUGCACGGUGACGUGUGGUCAUGGUCUGCGUUACCGCGUGGUUCUGUGCAUCGACCACCGCGGGCAGCACAUCGGAGGCUGCGGGGCGUCACUCAAACCCCAUGUUAAGGAAGAUUGCCUGGUCCCCGUUGCCUGCCAUAAGCCCCGAGACUCCGUGCCAGUGGAGGCCAAGGUGCCCUGGUUAAAACAACCUCACCAGGUGGAAGAACAGCGUGGUGCUACAGAGGACCCCACGUUUGUGCCCGGGCCCUGGUCCGCCUGCAGCACCGCGUGUGGGCCUGGCGAGCAGACCCGGGAGGUGAAGUGCCAGGUGCUGCUCUCAUUCACCAAGACCGAGGUGGACCUUCCAGAGGAGGAGUGUGGUGAAGAAAGACCGCAGGUGUUGAGGCCUUGCAACCAAGGGCCAUGUAGCAAUGUUCCACACCUCUCUGUGCCGGGCCUGGACAUGCACACCACGGAGCUGUACCGAUGGGACGACAGGGGAUUCACUGUUUGCUCAGCCACGUGCGCCGCUGGGAAGCAGACGGGCGUUGUGAGGUGUGUAAGCAGGAAGCAGGGCGAGGAUGUGGAUGAUUCUCUGUGUGACUCAUCCAGCAAGCCCCCAGUGAUAGUCCGCAUCUGUGCCCCCGAGCCGUGCCCCCCAAGAUGGGAGGUGACCGCAUGGACCAGCUGCUCGGCAUCCUGCGGCGUUGGCAUCCAAACCAGGAGUGUGUUCUGCAUGCGCCUGUUAUCAGUGGACCAGCAGGACAUUCUGACCGUGUCAGAGGACGAGUGCAGGGAAUUCAAACCUGCCAUCCUGCAGCCCUGCAACCAGGUGGACUGUCCUCCAGCCUGGGAGACGGAGCCUUGGCAACAGUGCUCCCAGUCCUGUGGUGGGGGUGUCCAGUUGCGGAAGGUCUACUGUAAGCGGCUCCUGUCCACAGGGGCCCGUAGCAGGCUGGGAGACGGGGCUUGUUUGGGGGGCAAACCUGCUACGAACAGAGGAUGCAGCAGCAUUGACUGUGAGCCCUAUUUGUCAGCAGGAGAAUGGGGAAAGUGCUCGGUGUCCUGUGGUUUGGGGAUUCAGCGCAGGGAGCCCGUGUGUCUCCAGCAGACCACCAUGGGCGACCAGGUGAAAGUGGCCAGGGAGCUGUGCUCGGGGCUGGCCCACCCCCCCCUCGUAAGAACCUGCCAGAUGAUGGGCUGUCCCAAGCCCGAGAUGAGACGCAAAGAAAACCAAAAGAACCAAAUCAGGCAGACAGUGAGACGUCCCACAAAGACCAGAGGCUAUGAGCAUGGGGUGAAGCAGUGUCCCACGCUCAUGGCCGUGCACAAAAUCUACAUCCAAACCCGCAAGGAGAAGCGCCUCCACCUAACUGUUGGUGGCCACGCUUACCUCCUACCCAACACCUCCUUAGUCAUCAAAUGCCCCGUCAGGAGGUUCCCCAAGUCCCACGUCCGCUGGCUCAAAGAUGGACGUCCCCUGCCCAGCUCCAAGCACCUGGACAUCACCCAAUUCGGCUCCCUGAAGAUCCAGCUUCUGUCUGCCGAGGACGUGGGGGUGUAUGCGUGUGUUGCCGGACCCGCCUCCGACAUCUUCACCCUCCAGCUUCUAGGUGGUGGCAGCAAAGCGACUGGCAGGCUGACCAGUCCUCCCAAAUGGGACCAAACGCUGCCCAGUUGCCACAGACACCACGCGGGCGUGUCCCAGCUGACCGGGGCCGGGGUCCGUGUGUCUUUGCUGCCUCCUGGUGGCCAGGAGGCCCUACUGCAGCCGCAGGUGGAGGAGAGACUGAUAAAUAUCACCCUGAAGGCUGACGGAGGAGAGAUCCAACAGGAGCAGGCGUCGCAACUCAUUUCCUCUCUGCUGACACACACGUCUGCUGCCCAGCUGUGGACGGGGACCACGGGAGGUGGAGGACAGGCUGAAGACAGACGUCCCGACUGGUCGAAACCCCCCUUCGUGCAACGAGCAGCAAUCGUCAGGCAGCUGCUGACCCGUCCGCUGGCAUUUCAGAAGAACAUCAACAUCAGCAUCGGACAGAGCGCCCUCCUGACCAACGCCACCCGAUCCCUGGCCAUCCGCUGUCCUGCGGAGGGCGUCCCUCCUCCCAAGGUCAGCUGGACAAAGGAUGGCGCUCUGCUGCUUCCCACUGACAGGGUCUCCUGGGACAUCUCUGGAGGACUCCGCAUCCUUCAACCCAGAGUGUCUGACAGGGGACAGUACAAGUGCACAGUCACCAACACACUGGGCUCCGACUCAGAGACGUCUCAGCUGCUGGUGGCAGAACCACCAGCCAUAGCGGUGUCAUGGGGGAACGUGUCGGACCACGGCGGGGUGUUGGGACAAAGCUUGAGGUCCGCGGUCGGCGGGCGAGUCAGUGUUCGCCCUGGAGCCAACCUCACGCUGGACUGCCCCGUUACCGGAUUUCCUCCGCCCACAGUGACGUGGAACAAAAAGAACGGACCCUCCGGGGCCGCUGCUGUUUCACUGCCUUCUGGCUCGCUUUGGAUCAGGAAUGUUUCUCUGCACCACCGAGGCAUCUACACAUGCACCACUACCAACGCCGUCGGAAAGUCCACAGCUUCUACCGUCCUGCAGGUCUACGAUCAUCGCCCUGCUGGGGUUGGCAGCGUCGGUCCAGUCUCACAGGAGCUGAACAGAAGAAGGGUCCUCAUGGCGUCACACCGCGGGACCAGUGUGCUUAUCAAGCCUGGAGACGUUCUACGUAUAGGCUGUCCAGUCCUGGCUGGCCACAGAGUGCCGGUGCUGUGGGCCUUCAACCACCUGACCCUGAAGGACGUGUCCAGUGCAGAGCAGACCCCGGCUCCUGGUCCCGAUCGGCGCCUGCAGUACCGGAUGCUGGCGGGGAGUCGUGUCCUCGAGGUGGAUACGCUGCGGGUCAAGUUCUCAGGCCGGUACCGGUGCCAGACCAUGACCAACGGUACCAGACAAACGCUGUCUGCCUGGAUCGACGUUCACAUUGAAGAGACCAGCUGGCGUGUAGGGGACUGGAGCACAUGCAGUGCCACUUGUGGGAACAGAGGAAGCGGGCUGCGCAGGGUGGACUGUGUCAAUCGGGAUGGAAAGGCUGUGCAGCCCUCCAUGUGUCAGCACAGCCCGAAACCCGCCCCGCCCCCAGUCAGCUGCAACAGACACGACUGUCCUCCCAGAUGGCUGGUAUCGGAGUGGUCCAAGUGUUCAGCCUCAUGCGGGGGGGGCUGGAGGAGGAGGCAGGUGUCCUGUCAGCAGGUGGAUGCCAGAGGCGCCGUGAGGAGCCUGACAGCAGCUUCCUGUGAGCAGAUGAACCGCCCCCCGGACUCUGAGCAGUGCACAGCCAAUCGCUGUCCAGCCUGGGUAACCAGUCCGUGGGGGAAGUGUUCAGGGAGGUGUUUGGGCGCAGCCUCCACCAUUCAGAAGAGAUCUGUCCUCUGCCAACAUGUCAAUGGCUCCUCGUACCCAGACUGUGAUCUCAGAGACAGGCCUCCGUCGGUGCGUAACUGCUCCUCCGCCCGCUGUGAUGUGGCGUGGCGUCCUGGCGCGUGGCGGCCGUGCACCGUGCUCUGUGGCAGCGGCUUUCAAUCCCGCAGGGUGGACUGUGUUCAGCGCGCGAGUGGCAGGGCGGUGGCUGACCAGAACUGUGCCUGGCUGCAGCAGCCCCCCACCUGGCAGCACUGCAACACCACCAGCUGUGGGAGUGAAUGCAAGGACACCACCCAGUACUGCAGUGUGGUGAGGAGACUGAAGCUGUGUCACCUGGAGAUGUACAAACAGAGGUGCUGUGGCUCAUGUUCACAUCUGGACUCCCCUUAGCAGCCGUGAGCAUCAUAACCACGCCCCAUUUUGUACAACCGAUAGCCCCCCGUGAGGCCAAUGACUACAAGGACACAAUCAAUGAAAGGGUGCACAUCAUCUACGAAACAAGUGCACAUAUUUAAACGGGACACCAUUCAGUCCAUUUUCUUCUUUAAAGGAACAUGAACAGCUUGGACUCGAUAAUCCUUUUAUGAGAACAAGUGGAUCAAAUUGAGGUUUGGGUCAUUAUGUUGGUGUGGCCCAGCCAAAUGCCUCGUGCAUGUACCUCUGCUGCCCUGUUAACAACCCUUAGGUUGGUUGGCUAGUAUUUUCCUUUAUUAGUUUUGAGUCAUGUUAUCCACUGCUGACAUAAUUGAGGUUCAUCACUUUAGCAGAAGAUUAUUGCAGUCAUACACCCAAAUAUUAUAUAAUAUCAUGUAAAAUAUUAAAGCUAAAUUCCAGCUGAGAUUUGGAAACUUAGUUGAGCUGUACUGUCCCAACCACUUUAUAUGGAGGGUGAAAUAUGUCCAAUGAUAUAUUAGACAUUGGUUAUCAUACUAACAAUAACCAAAUAGUAUGAAAUCCAGAAGAUGAUUUAUAAUCUAAGCUCAACAUUUACAUGGCUUCCAGUUUCCCGUGUUUUAGUGUCUUGUGAUGCUGUUCCAGAGGUUUUCCAAUCCAGAUUCAUUUAAGUGUUUAGUAGGCACAAUAAAUUCAAGGAUGAGAGAUUCUUGGCCGGUUUAGGGGAGAUUAGAGGAGGUUUGGUGAAGAGUCUCCUUUGACGAGGCACCUGCAGUAGACAGUAGAAAAGACUCGUAUCACAAACCUGACCGGGGCAUCACAGUCGGAUUUGAGAAAAGCAAGAAGAAGAAGAAAAAGAGUGAAAGAUCCAACGUACCACGGCUGAUUAAGAUUAGAAUGAACCGGUAGUCCAGGUGUACCAAGGAGGGGAUUAUGGUCCGUACAGGGAAACAUGAUGUUUAGCGAUAGAGUCAACGACAUCUUAAAUGUUCUGCCCCAAACCAUCCACACUGUCUUCUACAGCCCAGAGGCCCCCGAGUGUCUCACAGGGGCACAAACGACGUAUGAACACGACGGCUGGGUUCCUGCAGUAGGAGUUAGUUGUUGGAUUCCCAGUAUCAUUGGUUUUGGAUCCACUGGCUGGUGUGAAUGGAGUCAAAGAGCAGCCGCUGAUGGUGGAGCUUCAGUGUUUCCAUCCCUCAGUGACCACAGACCACAUCUACAGUUCCUGCUAAAACACGGACUUCAACAGACAGGUCAUUGUGCACAGCGGUCCUCGACCCCCGGGCCGCAUGAAAUGCAAAUAAAAAAAAUAAUAAUAAUUUAAGACAAUGACCGGAUUCUCUCCCAAUUACAUGCACUUGUCCCUCGGGCGCUAUUUUUGCCGUGCGCAGCGACUACUACCAUGAAACCAUGAACCAUGAACCAUGAAACCAUGAAACCAUGAACCAUGAACCAUGAAACCAUGAAGAAGGGUGGGGACCACAGGUUUAUCACACCGAUAUGCUGCAUUGUAAUAAUAUGUUUUGAAUAUACUGUGUUCUAAGUGCAAUAUCCUAUAUUAAGUAUAUGUAGAUUGUGUGUGACUUUUAUUUUCUUACAUCGUCGGGGUCAAGUUGUCUUUUUAACUCCUGUUGAAGAUCUUGGUCACUCAUCUGGUUCUAGUUGCAUGUGAGAAGUGACAUCUCCAAUGUUUUCUAUCUCCAUUUGUGAAAUCCAUCUGGGUGACUUUCUCCAUGGUGGGCCUUUGCCACGAUGGCUUUACAGUGUUUACCUGAUGUGGUAACACUGGUCCUGAUGAAAUAUGAUGUAGUACAAUACAAUAUUUGAGUUCUUUAGAACUUGGCAGAGGAAUAAAGACAGUUUAAUCACUUUGCUCA